AUGAUUGAUGAAAGAUUAAAAGCCAGCAAAGAUCUUGAGACUGAUGUCAACUUUGAAGUCUUACUAAAACUACAUAUCUGUGGAGCUGCAGCCAGGGAAUUUCAGAAAAUGCAUGAUCAUUUCAUACAAGUCAAUGACCCACGCCGAUGCCUUGAUCUGUACAAAGACAAGUACUGCUCUGACUUCAAGGACUUGUUCAAUGAACGAGACCAGUGUCAGACAAAAGCAGAAGAAUUCACCUGCCUCUGCCUCAGACCUGCACUGGAAGAAAGUGUUGCCCAUUCCUUGGGUCCAGAUAUCGUUGAUGAAAUGCUGACAGGAGAAAAUGCCCUUCAAUUCAGCACUCGUGCAUUUUUCCAGUACUCAAUCUUGAAACAUUUGCUUUCAGAAUUCAACUUUGAGAACUAUGACAGCUACAUUUGUUCGUAUGAAAAGUUUGUCAAGAAUUGGAUAUUUGGUCAAAUCAAGGAGCGCUUUUCAAAGGGGCAAAAAAUGUUUCAGUUGGAAGACAAACAUCUGAAAGCAAUCGUCAAGAAAAUAAUAGAUGCCAUAACAAAGGCCCAAACCAACAAAAAACAGCAACUUUGAGAAAUUAAUUCAGAACAUUUGCAGGGAGCUUGGAGAUACACUGGUCAUUCCCAAGGAUGCUCUGAGUGCCUUCAUGAUCCUCAAUAAUGCUGAACAAGAGCAGUUUGCCCACUGUCUCAAAACAUCUGUUGAAGAAAUGGAAAAAUCUCUGAGGAUCAAGUUCCAAGAGGGAGUGGAUGCACAGAGGAAACUAGAACAAUUGAGGAUUAAACCACAGAAUGUUCUUUUCAAAAGAGUGUUUGGCUGCGGGAAGCAGUGUCCAUUCUGCAAGGCACCGUGCGAGGCAGGAGGAGAGGCCCACACAGACCACUGUGCCUCAAUACACAGACCACAGGGUCUGGGCCAGUACAGGUUUGUGCACUCAAGGAAACUCGUGACUGAUAUCUGCUCCUCCUCUGUGUUCAGUGAGCAAAAAUUCAAUAUGCUACGAGACGAAUCAAACAUACCAUCCUUACAAAAAGUACAGAGACAUUUUCCCUAACUGGCAUAUCCCGGCCGAUCCCAGCAUCGAGGCAUCAGACUACUGGAAAUAUGUGAUGGCAAAAUUCAAUAAGGAAUUUGCCAAAAAGUAUGACGCACUCCCAGCAAUAACACCACCUGCCUGGAAAUUGAUCACAAAGGAACAGGCAGAAAAAAGCCUCAAAGAGUCUUUUAGCAUCAAUUGA